AUGCUCAACGAGGUGCACGUGAACGCAGACCCGAACACCAUCUCCACCUUGGAUGAGCCGGUGCUUCAGACGCUGCUGCGCGAUGCCAAGGCGAUCGGCCGCAAGCUCGUCGUGGUUGUUUGCCCCCCUCUAGGAGCUGAGAAGGAGCUUCGCGAUUGGGAUCUCUGGGGGCCGCUGUUCCUGUGUCUCAUUCUUGCCUCCAUCCUCACCAUUAACGCCAGCGAUGACCAAGGCGCCGCCGUCUUCUCUGCGGUCUUCAUCUUUGUCUGGCUUGGCGGUCUUGUCGUCACCGUCAACGCCAAGCUCCUCGGCAGCAAGAUCAUGUUUUUUCAAACGUACUGCGCCAUCGGCUACUGCUUGGCGCCGAUCUGUCUCGGCGCUCUCUUGUGCUGCAUCAUCCCGUGGUUUUUAUUGAACCUCUUGCUGUGCUUCGUUGCGUGGGCAUGGGCCUGCUGGGCAGCCCUGCGCUUUUUCCGAAACACGGUGAGCGCUGACCGUGAAGUGCUGGUUGUGUACCCUGUCGGACUCUUCUACAUCUUCUUCACCUGGAUGGUUCUGGUGGGUAUUUAG